AUGUUUCAAUAACGAUUUGAUUAUAUCAGGUUGCCUUAGUAAAUUGCCAAUGAUAUAGUACUACCUCGUAAAAAAUACCUUUCUAUUCUGUUUAGCAACUAGUAUAAAGGCUGGGACUGGUUAAAAUGCAAUUAGAAAGAUCUUCAAAAUCUAAGAUUAUGAUUAGUUCGAAAGGAUGCAAAUAAGUUCAUUGGCCUAGGCUCUUCAAAGGAGUGAAUUAUAUGAUCCCAACAUUCAUUAUGAUAGUUUAUUAUUAAGAUAUCUUUAUGCUAAUAAAUUUGAUAUCCAAUCCUCUUUAGAUGUAAUUUAUUUAUAUAAAGGUAGUAAUUGGCAUAAACAAGCAACAUAUUGUUUUAACCUGGUUAUCUAGAUUUAAGUAACGAAGUCGAAGCCUUAUAUGUAUUAUGAUAAAUAACCAUUCUAGUAUAAAGGAGCUAUAUAUAUAGAGGGUAGGACAAGAAAUCAUAUUCCUUGCAUUGUAAUUUCAACAAAAUUAGUAGAUGAUUUAGCUUUAUUCGAAAGAGCAGCUGUCAUCCUGUGUGCAAUAGUAGAAGACUAUAUGUUCUACCCAGGUAAGGUGGAGAACUGGAUUGCUGUGAUUUAAACUAAAGAUCAGAGUGCAUAUAAGAUGCCAUUAGAUAAGAUAUUUUAGAUAAUCAAAGUGCUACAGACAUGUUUCCCUAAUACAUGCGAAAGUAUCUAUAUCUUAAAUACCACAUUGUCAAUUAAUUUACUAUGGUCCUAAAUAGAAGGUAAAAUAAGAUCUUAAAUUAGAAUACAUCGAUCCAGUUACAUUAAAUAAGAUUAGAUUUUUGAAGGACAAAGAAUUAGGAAUCCUUUCUAAUUAAUUUGAUCCCAACCAUUUGGAAUAAUCUUUGGGUGGCUAGAAAGUACUCUAAUCAUAUUGGCCACCUGAUCCAAAUGACUACUUUUACGAUUUGCCUUAAUAAUAACAAUAACCAAUAUAUGAAGAAGAGCCUUAAGUAUUUUUCUCAUAACCAACUAACAAUUUAUAAUAUCUUAAUUAAGCUCCUCCUUUAGAAAAAGAAAUUCAAGCCCCACCUCCUCCUAUAAAUAAUCAAGUCUCACAGCCUAAUAUUAUAUAAUAACCAAUUAUUGCCCAAUAACCAUAAUAAUCCUAAUAACCUUAAUAACCAUAAUAACCACCUCCAACAGAGAAGAAAAAAAAGUGCAUUUGUGUUAAGUGUUCUAGAGAUCUUGAAGAAGUUGCAUCUCAACCUCGUCAACCCAAAUAAUAAGAAGCUUAAAAUGGUGGAAAAACAUAACCAUCUUAAUAAAAAAUAUAAGUGCGUGAGACUCAAGGAUAAAAAUAACUGGAUGAUACUUAUAUCCCUUAUGAGAGAAAAUAUGACAGUGUUCUUAAUGAUUCAUAUUUAACUAACCCUUAGAAUGAAUAAAUAUUGCAAGAAACCAGUUAGAAUAAUAAGCCACAAUUCGGGGGUAAUUCAUUUAAUGCCAAUUAAAAUUAAUAAUAACAAUAACCAAAUUAAAAAUCAAUUAAACCAUCAUUUAACAAUCCAUUAUAUGGGUCUGAUUCAAUGAAGGGAUCUUAAUAAUUAGAAUAUAACCAGCGACCAUCCAAGUAAGAUAAAGUAAAUUAGGAAAUAUAAGCUAAUAUAGAUGAUCUCAUCUUGAAUGAUAAGCCUGAUUAUGAACCAAAAUACGUCAGUAAACACAGCAGACAAUAUUAAACUUCUCAAUCUAGUCGGUUUAGCAAUCAUGGUCCUAAUCUCUAUAACAAUAGUUACCAUCCUUAGAACCCAUCUUUAUACUCACAAGUACCAGCCACAUAAUAUAACCCCUCUUCAUAAUAUAUACCAACCAUCCCUUUUCAACCCUAGAGUUAAUCGUAAAUUGCAAAGCCAAUUUAAAAUGAUGGGGUUUAAUAGUAACCUGUGCAAGUACAGGAGUACGAUUACAACAACUCUAAUAAUAACCAAUCCUAUUAUGCUCCUCAGAUUUCAAGUGAUCCCAAAAAGAAAUAUGAUUUUAGUUAAUGGGAUAAAUACAAUGAUAAUAGUGAUCCAUUUCCAGUCUAAUCAUAUGUAUCUCCCUCGAAUGAAUACCUUAAUCCUUAUUUAUCAUCAGCUCCAUACAAAAAUAAUAUUGGGAGUUUAGAAGAUUAUAACUAUUUGUAUGAUAACACAGGUGAUUAUAAACCUGGAGAGUUCCGACCCUCCACUUACAAUUUCACUCCAUAUGAUUUCAAAUAAAGUGAUCAAUAAUACUAGCCUAGAGUUGAAAGUACUACAAAAUCAAAUGGGUAAUAGUAUUCUAAUAAUAAAUAGAGCACCUUAGCUGUAUCAAUAAAGACCUGGACAGCAAGCCUGUGAGAUCUUUUGA